CCUCUAAGAUUGGGCCCCGCGAGCCGCCGUCCCUUCGCUGCUCCGGCUCAAUCGCCGCAGGAAGUGCUGCCGGAAGCGCACGAGUCUCCGGGUGGGUCAGGAGCAAACCUCCCUGACCGGGGUUCAGUGCUGGAAGAGACAAAAAUUAAGAUUCUGGAUGCUUUACUCCGCCUGACACACCUCGCACAGCGCCCGCCGAGGAGGCGCUCGGAGAAACAGCUCUGAAGCGGUUUGCUGCCCGGGGAGCAUAGCCACCCUCAACUUGUGCGCUACCUGCCGCCGCAAUGCUCGGGAGAUUGCCACUUCCACAACUGCUUUUUGCCGCCAUCCUUGGAAUUGCUGGAGGAAUGUAUAUUUAUCAGCCAAUAUUUGAGCAAUAUUCCAGAGAUCAGAAGGAAUUAAAAGAAAAGGUGAAGUUGUUGCAAGAAUCAGAAGAAAAGGGAGCUAAUUCUGCAUAAACUGAAAUUGUAGACCUUGCUUAAAGUUGUAUUGAAAUCACACCGACUAUUAGUCUAGUAAGACUUUAGGUAUGCUUUAAAUAAAUAAAUCAUGGGUAAGGAAUCUAAGUUAUUUAUAAAGGUAGUUCUUGGGCUGGAGAGAUGGCUUAACGGUUAAGAGCACUGUCUGCUCUUCCAGAGGU